GUCUCCUUUCCUCUCAAUUCCUCGUUGGCACCGUUGCUCUUUUUGCCGUCUCCAUUGUGUUUUUACGUACGUUUCCCCUACGCACAUUUGCAACACUUGUUUUUUCUCAUUAAGAGGGGCUUCAAACAAUCUUGUUUGAAUCCCCUCCAUUUUGUAAUAAGAAGAAAAAUCUCAGAAUCGCAGUUCAAAUGAGUCCUCCUCCUCUUCCUACAUUUAUCAUUCGAAUUUGAACAAGUUCCGCGAAAAAGUUCGGCCUCCGAUUCGAAGAAAGAGCGGUAAGCCGAGCCGCCAUUCCGGUUCGAUUCGAUGGCGGCAAUGCAAACCAUGUUGUUGUUGAUCUCGACCUUCUUUUCUGCUCUUCUCUUCUCUUAUGGCCAGAGUGCGAGCAACGUAUCCGCCGUCGACUCCGUGGAUUCCAUAAUUCGCGAUCGUGCAUUCGACAUAUUGCACGGGGUUCACACCGGCGUGAUCUACGACGUGCCCCUCCCCGCGAAUUUGUCCGGCAUAGAGGCUUCUAUGAUGCGGUUGCGGAGUAGGACGUUUUGGCGCCGAGGGGCCAAUAUUAGCGCGUUCCGAAUUCCACCGAGAACAUUGCCAGUUCCUCAGACAAGGAGAUUCGUAGUUGUGUAUCAGAAUUGGAGUAACUGGUCCUCCUCUUAUUUCAAUGUGCCAGGUUAUACACUCCUCUCUCCUGUGAUCAGUUUGUUGGCCUACGACGCAUCGAACGCGAGUUUCGGUGGUGCGAUCCAGCUUGCGAUCCAAUUUAACCUUAGAUCGAAUGAUACUAUCGCCUUUCGCUUUCCGAAAGUUGCAAUGCCUGGCGGGUCGAAUUCGUCGAUGAAAUGUGCAUGGUUCGGACUCGACGGAUCGGUGCAUCUCGACAAGAUGGCCUCGUUGAAUUCGUGCACGACGAGAAGCACGGGGCACUUUGCCAUUGUUGAGCCCUCGAAGGUUUCGAUAAAUGCUUCUGCAUCGCCGGUGCGUAGCACAAAAGAGAAGGUGAUCAGGGUGGUGGUGGUCUUAGGCAGCGGCGUCGUCGGGAUAGCGGUGUUGGGUGUAGCAGUGGUGGGGGUUACAAAAUUGGUGAAGAAGAGGAAAUUGGAUGAGAUGGUGAGGAGAUCAGAAGAAGGUCAGGUUUUGGAGAAUGUAUGGGUCGGGGGAAGCAAAAUGCCGAGUGCAGCGAUGCGUCGAACUGAGCCAGUUAUCGAGAGCGAAGAAGCACCGUGAGAAGCCUCCUUUUUUCGGUUAAACGAGAAGCCACAAAUCUCUAGAGCAAAGAGGGAGAAGAAGCUAGGAUUCUAUUUCAUUCCGGUGGAUGAUUCUUCAAACCUUUUCUUUUGAAUAACACAGUUUAGAUCAGAUUAUACAGAUUUUUUUUGGUUUUUUGACGUUUCAGUAGUUAAAUUCAUUCUACAGCGUAGCAAGGGAUGUAUCUA